AUGUGGCAGUUCAUAAGGUCACACAUACUAACGGUGCUAAUCUUCAUUGGGGCUGCUCAUGGAAUACUGGUUGUGGGCCCCAGAACCAUUCGGGCUAACCAGGAUUAUACGGUGGUGAUCAGUAACUUUAACUUGAAUAUGAGCAAAGUGGACGUGAUGCUACGAAUCACUGGGCACAGCGAUAAUCGUACAAACAUUCUGGACUUAACAAAGACAGUUGAAGUACGACGACACAUGAACAGGAUGAUCACUUUCAAUAUGCCUGUGGACUUAUCAGCUGGGAAUUAUAAAAUCACCAUCGACGGUCAGCGUGGCUUUAGCUUUCACAAGGAAGCCGAAUUGGUACACCUUAGCAAAACCAUUACCGGUUUAAUACAGAUCGAUAAGCCCGUGUACAAACCAGGCGAUACGGUAAACUUUCGUGUGAUUGUGCUGGACUCUGAGCUGAAGCCACCUGCACGGGUAAAAUCAAUCCAUGUGACAAUCAGUGAUCCUCAAAAAAAUGUGAUCAGGAAGUGGUCGACGGCCAAACUGUACGCCGGAGUGUUUGAGAGUGAUCUUCAGAUCGCGCCUACUCCAAUGCUCGGAAUGUGGAACAUCUCGGUAAAGAUAGACGGGGAAGAAAUCGUAUCAAAAACGUUCGAGAUGAAGGAAUAUGUGUUGUCCUCGUUUGACGUAGAGGUAGUACCGUAUGUCGUUCCUCUGGAGAAGGAUCAAAGUUUGACUCUGCAGAUAGAGGCUAACUACCAUUUUGGAAAACCGGUAAAGGGAGUUGCUAAGUUUGAGGUGUACUUGAGAAACGGUUUUCUGGACCAGAAGCAUCAGUUUGAAGUGAAUGGGAAGAGGCAAGUGGAGCUGCGUUUCAAAAAUUACUUCGAAGUACUCGCAGAUCGGCAAGACGUGCUUGUAAAGACGACAUUUAUCGAGCAGACUACAAAUCGCACUGUCGUGAAACAAUCUCACAUCACAGUGUACAAGUAUAAGUACGGUGUGCAAUUGAUUAAGGACAGUCCACAAUUUCGGCCAGGACUUCCUUUUAAGUGUGCGCUUCAGUUCCGAUACCAUGAUGGAACACCUGCUAAAGGUAUCACCGGUAACGUGGAAGUGUCGGAUAUUGAUUACGGAACAACUGCCACUAGUGACGAUGGAGGUGUGAUAAAACUGGAGCUCAAUCCAAGUGACAAUAUAGACGUGAUGAAUAUCAACUUUUCUGACGAUGACAACGGUUUCUUCUUUGGCGCCGUUGUGGAAAAAGUGGACGUCGUGACGAAUGCGUACCUCAAAUUGGAACUAAGGUCUCCUGUUAAGUUGAACCGAAUGUUGCGACUUACGGUAACGUGCAACGAACGUAUGACAUUCUUCCUGUACUACGUAGUGACAAAGGGCAAUAUAAUUGAUUCCGGUUACAUGAGACCAAACAAGCAGAACAAAUAUCCCUUACAGUUGAACGCCACCGAAAAGAUGAUACCGAAAGCGAAACUUAUCGUAGCUACUGUAGCAAGUAGUGUAAUUGUGUUCGAUUAUGCAGAUGCGGACUUUCAGGAUCUCCGUAACAACUUCAACUUCAAAAUUAACAAAAACCAAUUAAGGUCCGGUGAAGAACUUCAACUUAACAUGAAUGGCCGUGCCGGAGCUUACGUAGCACUAGCGGCGUAUGAUAAGAGUCUGCUCCAGUUCAGCACCAAACACGAUAUAUUCUGGCAAGAUAUAGUUGAUAUCUUCAGUGAGUUCCACACUAAACGAUGGAAUGAUUUCGACUUCUUUCACAGCAUGGCACUGUUUGCUCGCACCGUGGAACAUAUUCGAUUUGAUGAAGCUGGAUCCACUACCAGUCGUACAGGAACUCAAAAAAAAUUGGACUCAUUCCGGACAAACUUCGUCGAGUCUUGGUUGUGGAAAACGACGACACUGAGUGCCUCUGGAAGCGCUACGAUGAAGGAGAUCGUUCCCGACACGACCACCGCAUGGCAACUAACUGGUUUCUCGGUACAUCCCGAGUAUGGUUUGGGUAUCAUUAAACAGCCAGUAGAAUUAACUACGGUGCAGGAGUUUUACAUCGUAGAACAGUUGCCGUACUCCAUCAAGCGUGGCGAAGUUGCGGCGUUGCAGUUUAUAAUAUUUAGCAAUUUUCCUCAAAAGUAUCAAGCAUCGGUUACACUGUACAAUGUAGACAAUCAGACCGAAUUCGUUGGACAACCUGCUGGAGACACAAGUUACACCAAAUCGGUUCAAGUAUCUCCAGACACAGGGGUAGCAGUUUCAUUCCCAAUCAAAGCCCGCAAACUUGGUGAGAUGACCAUAAGAGUGAAAGCUUCAAUCGAUCCCGCUACGGAUACGAUCGAAAGCGUUAUUCGAGUCAUUCCGGAGAGUUUGGUGAAGCGCGAAAUGGUGUCACGAUUCUUCUGCCACAAUACCUACCACAAUCAAUCUUUCAGCAUCAGCUUAGACUUUGACAUGAAGGCAGACCCGGGACACAAGAAGAUUGACUUCAUUCUUACUCCAAACAUUCUCACCUCGGUAAUGGACAACCUGGAAAGCCUUCUGUCCGUUCCAACUGGUUGCGGUGAGCAGAACAUGAUGCGGCUUGUACCGAUUGUCCAGGUGCUCGACUACAUGACUUCGAUUGGGUCUGCCAACAAACCGCUCACCGAUAAGGCGACGGGACUGCUCAAAGCUGGCUAUCAGAACCAGAUUCGAUUCCGACAGCCGGAUGGCUCUUUUGGGCUUUGGGAGAAAAGUGGCGGAGGUUUGUUUUUGACUGCGUUCGUUGGAAAAACGCUCGCCACGGCUGCCAAGUACAUUUCCGAGAUAGAACCCAACAUGGUGAUGAAAACGUACGAUUGGCUAUCGGCGCGUCAGCACGCUACCGGCCGCUUCGAUGAGGUGGGACCCAUUUUCCACAAAGACAUGCAGGGCGGACUGCGCCAGGGCAUUGCCUUAACGUCUUUCGUGUUAAUAUCCUUCUUGGAAUACCCGAAAGCUGCCACCAAACAUGCGGCAGUUAUUGCGAAAGGCAUCAAAUAUGUGACCAGCACGUUGCAUAAUAUUGAAGAUUCGUACGAUCUUGCCAUCGCCACGUACGCGUUGAUGCUGCAGGGCCACAGCACACGGGACCAAUUUCUGGAGAAACUCAUCGGAAUGUCCACGGUGCAGCAUAAUGGUACAGAACGGUUCUGGCAGCGGAAUGCCAACGGCAUCGAAACAACCGCCUACGCAUUGCUGUCCUUCGUGCUGGCAGAAAAGUAUGUCGACGGAACGUCCAUAAUGCGCUGGCUGGUGAAGCAACGCUACACACCGGGCAGCUUUCCCCGUACGCAGGACACGUUCGUCGGCUUGAAGGCACUUACCAAGUUGGCGGAAAAGAUUUCACCUUCGCGGAACGAUUAUUCCGUACAGCUUGUGCACUCCGGGCGGCAGAAGGAGUUUCGCGUCAACUCGCAGGACAUUGGAAAUCUUCAACACGCCGAAGGAGUGGAUGAUUCGCUUCAGAUGCAAAUUAACGUGGCCGGCAUCGGGUUCGGGUUGCUUCAGGUGGCCUACGAGUACAGCAUUGACUUGCGGAAUUUCACCAACAGUUUUAAGCUGGAGCUGAACAAAUCGCUAACCAAUAACGGAAAGCGGCUAGAGCUUGAAGUGUGCUCCAGCUUCAUCCCGAAGUUGUCAGAUGGCCGUUCCAACAUGGCACUGGUGGAGGUGAACUUCCCGAGUGGCUACACCACUGAACGCAACCUUAUCAGCGAUACAACCAAGUAUAAUCCCGUACAGAAAAUCGAAAUACGGUUCGGUGGAACGUCUGUAGUUGUUUACUACAACAACAUGGGCACGGAACGGAACUGUUUUGAGAUUAUUGCGCUCAGGCAGACGAAGGUGGCUCUGAAACGUCCGGCUUACGUUCUGGUGCAUGAUUAUUACGAUCCAAAAUUGAAUGCCAUCAAGAUGUACCAAGUGGACGAUCACGGUGUGUGA